AUGCGGGGAGGCAAGAAAACGGUUCUUGUGAUCAACGGACCCAACCUGAAUCUCCUGGGCCUCCGUGAACCGCAUAUCUACGGCCACGAGACUUUAAAGGAUGUGGAGAACAACAGCGUCAAGCUCGGACAACAGCUAGAUGCCGAAGUUGAUUUCUUCCAGACCAAUUGGGAAGGAGCUUGCGUCGACCGCAUCCAAGAAGCCCGAACGGAUGGCACUGAUGGCAUAGUGAUCAAUCCCGGUGGAUGGACGCAUACCUCUGUGGCAAUUCGCGAUGCAUUGCUUGGGGUGUCAAUCCCUUUCAUCGAACUGCAUGUGUCCAAUAUCCAUGCUCGAGAGGAAUGGAGGCAUCACUCCUACUUCUCGGACAAGGCAAAAGCUAUAAUUGUUGGCUGUGGAGCUUCGGGAUACGAAUAUGCAAUCGAUCACGUUGUCAAGAAAUUUCCAGAGAGGUCUGAGCGAUCUGAACCAGGAGAGACCAAGGAGACGACUACUGUCGGAACGAAAUAG